AUGGGGCAAACUCGUGUUCACGAGAACGCCGACGCCACCGACCCUUCCACUGGCGCAUGUUGCGAGGAAUGGUUCUUCUCCGGCCUCAUAGACGGCGUUGAAUCGGUGGCAUCGUCUCGUCUUGGUCAAGGCGAUGACGUCGUACCUUAUCACUCUCGCUUGCAUGAUCAAGUCUUCUAUCGAGGACUCCAAUGCAAGGCCAAUCUCACCAGUACCCAAAUGUUCCUGGAUCGUCUACGUAACACACGUUCAAACAGCGCGUACGUUGCGGAAUACUUCGACGGUACCGCGCUCUACACUAACGUGACGAAUUACUCCCCAAUGCAAGCCUUCCGCGAACUUCCUGUGCAACAAGCAAUUAGCGUACAUGGCUUCUCGAUUCAGCAACUCAUGAUUCAAAUUAGAGAGUUGGCAAUGGGAAAGCGACUGGCAUAA